GGCCUGGGCGCCUGUGUACUGCGGCCCAGAUCCCGCCCCAGGAUGCGGAACACGCUUGUUCCUUCCGGCUUGCCGUUCUUUGCAGUCAUGGCGGCUGCCGUGUUCUCGUGGCGGUUCACCUUGCGGGGCUUCUCCAACGCGGUGACCCGGGCCACUCACGCUCGGAGACCUAGCCCGCAUACAGGAGAAAGAACAUCCAGAAGUGGAAGGCAAAUGAGAAGACAGGCACUACCUCCUAGAACAGAGAAAAUGGCUGUUGACCAGGACUGGCCUAGUGUUUACCCUGUUGCAGUGCCCUUUAAGCCCUCUGCAGUGCCUCUCCCUGUUCGGAUGGGUUAUCCAGUAAAAAAGGGUGUUCCUAUGGCAAAGGAAGGAAAUCUAGAACUUCUAAAGAUCCCUAAUUUUCUGCAUUUGACUCCUGUAGCAAUUAAAAAGCACUGCCAAGCUCUUAAAGAUUUCUGCACUGAGUGGCCAGCUGCACUAGACAGUGAUGAGAAAUGUGCGAAGCAUUUUCCAAUUGAAAUUGACACUGCUGAUUAUGUUUCAUCAGGACCAUCUGUUCGAAACCCCAAAGUACGAGGAGUAACCUUAAGGGUGAAACUUUCCAGUUUGAAUUUAGAUGAUCAUGCAAAGAAGAAAUUGAUUAAACUUGUAGGAGAACGAUACUGCAAGACUACAGAUGUACUCACCAUCAAAACAGAUAGAUGCCCUUUAAAGAGGCAGAACUAUGAUUAUGCACUGUAUCUACUGACAGUAUCAUACCAUGAAUCUUGGAAAACUGAAGAAUGGGAAAAAAAUAAGACUGAAGCAGACAUGGAAGAAUAUAUAUGGAAAAAUAGCUCCUCAGAAAAAAAUAUCCUGGAAACACUUCUCCAAAUUAGCAUCGCUGAGAAAAACAUGGAAGUAAAUAAAGAAGAGCUCCUUGGUACUAAAGAGGUUGAAAAUUAUCAGAAGUCUCUUGUUAGUCUUAAGAAUGAGGGGGAAAAUGAAAUUACCCUUUCUCAGUACAAAGAGUCAGUGAAGAGACUGUUAAAUCUAACAUGAGUUGUGAAGUGGGAAGAUCUGCUUUAUUUUACAAUACAUGUAAUCAAUAUCUAAUUUGAUGUAAAAGUGAAAGUUUAAAAACCACUUCUUACCCAAGAGUUAAUUUUAAAAUUAUCUGUAAUUGUACUAA